UCCACUUUUGCAGCUGUGCAUCGAUCAUGAUCUCCGCUUGGCUCGGGAUGGAGACUUUUGUCCAAUCAGAAACUAUCAUCUCCAAAGCCCGAUGUCAUGGCUCGUCUACUGCAUCCAUAAUCCUACACUUCUCGCGAGGGUCAACCCGCCAUGCCCAAAGACGGUAUCACUCUUAGCCAGCAGGUGGGAGUUGAACCACUGGACUCGGGACGCUAUAUUUCGCCGGUGAAUCCCAUUCGGUUGGGGAGUCUAUCGCCCAAUGGCUUUGGGGGCAGCUGUCUGACUGUAGCAGUCAGUGCAGCAUACCAUGCCACUUGCAACUCCUUCCAUCUGUAUUCCAUCGCCAGCCAUUCCCUCUGGCCUAGGAAACCUGAUCGUGAACUUGUCGGUCAUGUGGAGAAUACCAGAAGAUCCCGAAGCUUUGAGACGAGCAUAAUCCUGAUGACACGAAAGGGAGAUUAUGGACCCUCUAAGCUUUGUCUCAUUGCCAUUGCGGACUUCCACAUCGAGGCACCCAGGUCAAUGGUAAUGUAUUCCAGGGCCCCGAGGAUACCAAUACGACCCUGUAUCUCGGAAAACCAACGGUCGGCGACAGCCGCACAGCAAGUGGGUGGCACGUAAUCGCCAUCUAUAUAGAAAUAUCAAGGGCUUUUGGAGAUGGAGCCCAUUACCAGAAAUACGCCAAAUCUAGGACCAGGGACCAGCCAGGCAUGCACUG